GCGGGAUCUCGCGGUAAGUGAGCGGUGCCCUUGCAGUUUUCAGCUCAAGAUGGGGUACUGGGAUAUGGAGGAAGGGAAGGACUGCGUGGAGAAGACCUGGCUCACCACAAAGCUGGCGACAGCCGUGGGGCUGGUUGGCUCAGCCUUUCACAUCGCAGCGUUCCGGCCGGACUCUGCAAUUCAGGCUGUACAGAGAACAGCCUCAGGCACCAUCGCUAUGGCGUCUCUGGGCGCAAUCUUCGGGAUCACCACCUGCCUGAGCGCGCAGGCUCGCGAGGCACCCGAUGACCCGUUGAAUUAUUUCUUCGGCGGCUGUGCGUCUGGGAUCUUCCUUGGAGUCCGAACUCACAGCUACAUGACUGGCACCACAGCCUGCGUGGGACUGGGUGUACUAGCGGCCCUCACCAAGGUUGGGAAGAAGGAAGGCUGGAGAAUAUCAGGAGCUCCCAGGCUUUAAACUCUCACACUGACCCACGCAGUCCUCGCAUAACCUUGUACAUUGCUAAAAUAUCUCUUGUUAAAUAAAAUUCAACAAUAUCUAUUAAAGGUAAUAAAUAAUAA